ACGCGCACUUCCGUCUUUUGUUGCCUCAAGUAACUUAUUUUCCAUUUCCACGCCAGACACCAGCUUAACAAGUAGUAACAGUAAAAGGUGAACCCGCAUCUGGUUCAGUAAUGUUCGGGGAAAUAUGAAGUUUCUUCUAUUUUUAGACGCCUUAUCGUCAAACCAGCAGCGCAACUGCAAGACAGCCGCGCCAGUUCCGAGUGCAGAGAAGGAAGCUUGCUUUCAUUUUCUUAAACAGAGGCGAGUAGGUGAUUUGAAGUGAAGUGCGGGGGGUGGUAGAAAGAAGGAAAGUUCCUUUCUGUGAGGGUUUUUUUUCUGAAGUCUGAGGAGGCAGAUGGAGUUUUCUGACCAUAUCAAGACGGCCAACGUGGAGGAUGUUGUGCUCCGUCAGCCGCUGCACCCACCGAGCAGAGGGACCCUGUGCGUCACUGGUCACCACCUGCUCUUCUCGGACAGAGAGGAGGGCAGCUCCAGGCAGGUUCUGUUGCUGCUCAGGAAUAUCGAUGCCAUUGAGAAAAGUGUGGAAAACCUUUUGGGCUAUUCCGGCCUCCUCUCAAAAGCAGCCCACAGUGACAGGAUGCCUGGAUCCUCUGGAACAAUCACCAUCAAGUGCAAAGAUUUGCGCGUGCUUCAUCUGGACAUUCCAGGCAUGGAGCAGUGCCUCAACAUUGCGCACUCGAUUGAGACCCUGUCCUGUUUGGACAAUGUGUCGGAGAUGUAUCCUUUCUUUUACAGGCCCAAUGACCUCAGCCUGCGGGAGCAGUGGGGUCUCUCAACCCCUGAAAAACACUACACUCAAAUUAAAGAACUUCAUAGGAACUGGAGGUUGAGCAGUGUGAACAAAACCUACUCUGUGUGUCCUUCCUAUCCUCCGGUAGUCAUUGUUCCAAAAAGCAUCGAUGAUGAAACACUGAAGAAAGUGGCCAAAUUUAGGCAGGGUGGCCGCUUCCCUGUCCUGUGCUACUACCAUCGAAAGAAUGGCAUGGUGAUCAUGCGCAGCAGCCAGCCACUGACGGGUGCCAACAAGAAACGCUGCAAGGAAGACGAACUCCUCCUUCAGGUUGUGCUUGAGGACUCGGAUAAAGGUUUCAUUAUUGACACUCGUUCAAGUCAGCAGGUUCAGCAGGCUCGGAUGACAGGCGGCGGCUUUGAGUCCAAAUCGUGCUACAGCCGCUGGAAGAGGCUUCACAAACAGAUGGAAAGGGGUAAGGCCCUACAGGAGAGCCUGAUUAAACUGGUGGAAGCCUGUGGAGAUGAGUCCCAAAACGUGGACCGCUGGCUUAGCAAGCUGGAGAAUUCAAAAUGGCUGUCUCACGUCCAGACUGCUCUGUCCACAGCUGGCCUGCUGGUAGAGUGUGUGGAGAGGGAUGGCCAUUCAGCUCUGGUCCACGGCUAUGAAGGUACAGACUGCACUUUGCUCGUCUGUACUCUGGCCCAACUCAUCAUGGACCCGAGCUGCCGCACUCUGGAGGGUUUCCUGGCUCUCCUGGACAGGGAGUGGCUACAGGCAGGACAUCCGUUCCAGCAGCGGUGUGCCCAUUCAGCCUACUCCCACGCUCGCCUCCAGCAGGAGUCUCCAAUCUUCCUGCUGCUGCUGGACUGUGUUUGGCAGCUUUGGCGUCAGUUCCCCCUGGCGCUGGGUUUCUCUGAGACGCUGCUCCUCAGACUGGCAAAUGAGGUCUACGCUUCAGACUACGGCACGUUUCUGUGCAACAAUGACCAGGAGAGGUGUGCUCUAGCAGUGAAGGACAGGACUCACUGUUUGUUCCAGGCCUUGCUGAGGCCGCCAGAGAGAGAUUACUACUCAAACCCUCUAUAUGAACCCAACGAGCUGGCAAUCUGGCCCUCAGUUCACCCACAGUCCCUGCAGCUCUGGAGAGGCUUUUUCCUGAGGUGGACGCAGCAGGCGCGACAUCUUGAGGAAGUUCAGGAGGAAAUAAGGAGCAUGGUCAUUGAGUGGCACAGGGUGACACAGAGGUGACACCCCUACAAAGAAAAUAGGAUUUGAAAGAGAAAAUUGUUUCACAGAGCCAUAUUUUAAUUUUUUUCAUGUUUGAAUGAACUGUAUUUUUUUUUCGCCUCCAUAAAUG